UGACAGCCCGCUGCCCUCAGGCUCAGCUCACAGCUCACCUCCUCUCUCUUCUCGACUCCUCUCUUCUCCGUCUCCUCCCGAUCCCGGUCGGGGGAAUUUGUUGGGGGAGAAGAAGCGAGGGGGAGAGAGCUAAACUAGGGUUCAGGGGAUUCGGGGCCGAGAGGUGCACGAUGAGCAUCGUGCCCAAGGAGACGAUUGAGGUCAUCGCUCAGAGCGUCGGCAUCCCCAGCCUCGGCGCCGAUGUCGCCGUCGCGCUCGCCCCCGACGUCGAAUACCGCCUCCGCGAGAUCAUGCAGGAAUCCAUUAAAUGUAUGCGGCAUGCAAAGCGGACUGUUCUGACGGCGGAUGAUGUUGACAGUGCCCUGGGCCUCAGGAAUGUUGAGCCUGUGUAUGGAUUUGCUUCUGGUGACCCAUUGCGUUUUAAGAGAGCUGUUGGGCAUAAAGAUCUCUUCUAUCUUGAUGAUCGGGAGGUAGACUUCAAAGAGAUUAUUGAAGCUCCUCUGCCCAAAGCCCCACUGGACACAUCAGUUGUAGCCCAUUGGCUAGCGAUUGAGGGGGUACAGCCUGCAAUACCGGAGAAUCCUGCUAUUGACGCAAUUGUACCACCAACUGAAAAUAAAAGGUCUGAGCAUGGUAAGGAUGAUGGACUGCCAGUUGACAUCAAGCUUCCUGUUAAGCAUGUAUUAUCUAGAGAACUACAGAUGUACUUUGAUAAAAUAGCUGAGCUUACUAUGAGUAGAUCUGAUACAUCCCUUUUUAAAGAAGCUUUAGUGAGCUUGGCAAAAGAUUCUGGUCUUCAUCCUUUGGUUCCUUACUUUUCCUACUUCAUUGCAGACGAGGUUACCCGGAGUUUGGGUGAUCUUCCUGUUUUAUUUGCUCUAAUGAGAGUAGUCCAAAGUCUUCUCCGUAAUCCACAUAUUCAUAUUGAACCUUAUUUGCACCAGCUGAUGCCAUCAAUGAUCACUUGCAUUGUUGCAAAAAGGCUAGGGCAUAGGCUCUCAGAUAAUCACUGGGAACUUAGAGACUUCUCUGCCAAUUUGGUCGCCUCGGUAUGUCGGAGGUUUGGUCAUGUCUAUCACAACCUUCAAAAUCGGUUAACUAAAACAUUGAUCCAUGCAUUUCUUGAUCCUGCCAAAUCACUGACACAACAUUAUGGUGCUGUUCAAGGGAUAUCUGCAUUGGGUCCCAGCGCGGUAGAUCCCAUUCAAAACUCACUUUUUGUAUUAGUUUUGCACUGGCUGAUGUUUUUUUCUGCUUGCCAGAUUAGACUUCUUCUUUUGCCCAACCUUGUAACAUAUAUGCAACUUCUGGAGCCGGAACUGCAGCUUGAGAAGCAGAAAAACGAGAUGAAAAGGAAGGAAGCUUGGCGUGUUUAUGGUGCCUUGCUGUGUGCUGCAGGCAAAUGCUUGUAUGAUCGGUUGAAAUUAUUUCCUGGUUUGCUUUCUCCAUCGAUGCGGCCUCUUUUACGGAGCAACAAAAGGGUCUCAACCAACAACCCAAAUAAGCGAAAAUCUAGCACAAAUCUCUCUGCAACUCAGCCACCUCUGAAGAAGAUGGCAACAGACGCAACAGCCAACUCCAUGGCCUCAGCUUCCAUGGGAGGAAACAUGCAAGGUGCCAUGGAUGGCUUUCCUAACCAGUUAGCCAACCCUGGCAUGAUGCAGGCCUCGUCCUCUGGCCAGAUAGUGGAGAGCAUCCCAUCAGCUGUGAUCCGGAGAGAUCAGGGCAGUGAUCUCGCACAGAGAGUUUCUGCAGUGCUUAGGCAAGCUUGGAAGGAGGAUCAGGACACCGGUCAUCUCUUGGGGUCUCUGUACGAUGUCUUUGGUGAAGCCAUCUUCUCCUUUGUCCAACCACCAGAGAUAUCCUUGUUUGUGUAGAGAGGAAAUGCAUAGGCGAGGGUUUCAUUAAUCUACGCUAUUGUAGGGAUAUUUUGCAGAGUUCACGAAGCGCUAUAAUGUAAUGCCAGCUGUAGUUUACUCAGUACUGCAUGUAUUUGUAACAUAUUCCAGUUAUGUAUACUAUGUUGCAUAGCCUGCUGCUGCUGCAAAUUUACAACUGUAUGUUACUGUAGCUAGAACUAGAGCACCUGCAGCAGCUGUGGCGUUAGGCGUUAAGCAGAAGCGAACAGUUUCAAGUAUGUCUAUCUACAUGCAUUUUGUGGUGGCGUUAACAUUCAGGUGGCAUA